AUGUCCGUUGCAUUCGUUACUGUUGGCACAACCUCAUUCGACGACUUGAUUGAUGAAGUUAACAAGGCUGAGUUUCACGAAGGUCUUUCGAGGUUGGGAUAUAAGAAUUUGAUUAUACAAUAUGGAAAUGGAUCAGUCGUACCUCGCGUUUCUGAUAAAUUUGAUACCAAAAAUGUCGAGGAUUCAUCGAGAAACUUGUUAAAUAUCACAGCCUUUCGAUACAAAGAUUCUCUUGAAGCCGAAUUCGCCAAUGCAUCUCUGAUUAUUAGCCAUGGGGGUGCAGGUACAUGCUUACAAGCCCUUACUCCACGUGGAAGCCGUCGACUAAUUGUUGUCAUUAACGAUUCAUUGAUGGAUAAUCAUCAAGAAGAACUUGCUCUUACUUUGUUACAAGGAAAGCAUGCUUUAGUUUGUACUCCUGCAUCACUCAAUCGUUUGGUUUGGACGGGAGUUCAGCCUACUUAUCCUUCUCAUUUGCACAUAAUGGGGACUUACCUCUGCCUGAACUCCAGAAGCUAUUAG